UAUUUUUUGUAAAUGUUGCUAACUUCACACCAUUGGAUAUUGCAAUAUUUUAUCACAUUUCUAGCAAUUUAGCGAAAAAACCAUAAUAUUUAAAUCAAAUUAACUUUUUAUCUUACGAUAUCUUUCUGUUACAUCAAUUUUCCGGGUACUUUAUUCACUUAUAUCGUAAUAAUACAAGUUUAUAUUAAAAGUGAGGUUAUAUAUCAUCAAGUUUCGUAAGCUAAUUUUGCAUUUACUUACGUGUUACUAUUUUCUCUAUCACUAUCGAGUCAAGUGCUCUUAGAUAUAGUAAUAUCAUAUUAAUUUAUGCGCUGUGACAAGUCAUCUCCUAUCCAUUAGUUAUCUUCACUAAGUAUAUCCGGUAACCAUUAUCAUGGCGACUUGGGAGGAGAAGAAGCAUCUUAUCACUCGCAACUUGCAAGAAGUCUUAGGUGAUGAAAAACUCACUGAGAUUGUGAAGCAAAGGGACUUAAAAAUUUACUGGGGCACUGCAACUACAGGACGGCCUCACGUCGCUUAUUUCGUGCCUAUGUCGAAAAUUGCAGACUUUCUUAAAGCUGGUUGUGAGGUAACUAUACUGUUUGCAGACUUGCAUGCUUAUUUGGACAACAUGAAAGCUCCUUGGGAACUUUUAGCUCUCCGUACCCAAUACUAUGAAGCAGCUAUCAAAGCUAUUCUUUCAUCAAUUGGUGUGCCAUUAGAAAAACUGAAAUUUGUUAAAGGAACCGACUACCAGCUUAACAAGGAGUACACACUGGAUGUGUACCGUAUGACUUCAGUAAUUACUGAGCAUGACGCUAAGAAAGCUGGAGCAGAAGUUGUAAAACAAGUAGAGCAUCCCCUUUUAAGUGGCCUUUUGUACCCAGGGUUACAGGCCUUAGAUGAAGAAUACUUAAAAGUUGAUGCACAGUUUGGUGGUAUUGACCAGAGAAAGAUUUUCACACUGGCUGAGAAAUAUUUACCUUCAUUAGGCUAUGCUAAGAGAGUCCAUCUUAUGAACCCAAUGGUGCCAGGUCUAACUGGAGCAAAAAUGUCUGCAUCUGAAGAGGACAGUAAAAUUGACCUUCUAGACAACCCUGCUAGUGUUAAAAAGAAGCUGAAGAAAGCUUUCUGCGAGCCAGGUAACAUUACGGACAAUGGAGUCCUUUCAUUUACCAAGUUUGUUGUUUUCCCUCUCAUGAAACCGGGUGAAACUUUCAAGAUUCAUAGAGCACCAGAACAUGGUGGUGAUGUAGAGUAUACUAAAUUUGAUGAUCUAGAAGCUGCAUUUGCUAAAGGGGAAGUUCAUCCAGGAGAUUUGAAGGCUUCUGUGGAAGCAGCUAUAAAUAGACUCUUAGCACCUAUUCAGGAAAUAUUCAAAGACCCUAAGCUUGUAGAAUUGACUAAAAAAGCUUACCCCCCUCCGACAAAAGCAAAGGGUAACGCAAAUGCUGCAGAUGAGAUUACACCAGCUAAACUUGAUAUUAGAGUGGGGAAAAUUGUUGAAGUUUCUAGACAUCCUGAUGCUGAUGCACUUUAUGUGGAAAAGAUUGAUUUGGGUGAAGAAGAACCUAGAACGAUUGUAUCUGGAUUAGUAAACUUUGUGCCUGAAGAUGAGAUGCGCAACAGAGAUGUUGUGGUAUUAUGCAAUCUGAAGCCAGCUAAAAUGCGUGGCGUUGAAUCAAAGGGAAUGGUGUUAUGUGCUUCAAUUGACGAGCCUAAGCAAGUAGAGCCUUUACUGCCACCAGAAGGAAGCAAGCCAGGAGACAGAAUUGUAAUUGAGGGGUAUGAAACAGGUGAACCAGAUGAUGUACUUAACCCUAAAAAGAAAGUAUGGGAGAAGCUGCAAGUAGAUUUAAAAACUAAUGAUAGCUUAGUAGCAGUUUGGCAAGGAAAUAAGUUGAUUAGUAAAGUCAAUGGAAAUCAUGUGACAACAAAGUCCAUGAAAAAUGCUCCAAUUAAAUAAAAUUCUGGUUCUUUUGUAAUAAUUUUAAAUAUUUUAAGCCCAUGCGACUUGACACCACUCGUCAAACUUUAGCAUGGUUUUAAUAAGUUAAGCGUAAUGUACAAUUUAGUUUUUCCAAUAAUGCAUUUGAAUAAAUUAUGCUUCUAUAUUUUUUGAAUUUGUUACUUUAUUAAUUAAGCUAUUUAUUGUUAAUUAAUUAAAACCAGUUUUUUAUA